UCUUCCUUCAAAGACGUGAACCAUAUGAUUUACAACUUGAAUCCCUUUUAUCAGGGACCAGUGUCCUUGGCUCACUUCCAGUUGUGAUGUUACUUUCACCUUUGCACCAUGAGAGUGUUUGUGUUUUCCCAGCGCUCUGCUGUGACAGACAUGUUUUCCUUCAUGCUCCGGAAGACAUUUUGGCCCCUCUUCCCCAGGGUUUCGGGAUGUUUGGGCCGAGAUUGCCAAACCACUGUGGAGUCAUGCAGGCGAGGCCUCAGCAGCUCCAGUGGCUGGACGGGGCAGGAGAGCCUGGCCCAGGAUGACCCAGAGAUGUGGAGCCUCCUGCAGCAGGAGAAGGACCGGCAGUGUCGCGGCCUGGAGCUCAUCGCAUCAGAGAACUUCUGCAGCCGUGCAGCGCUCGAGGCCCAGGGCUCAUGUCUGAACAACAAAUACUCUGAGGGCUACCCAGGACAAAGGUACUAUGGAGGUGCAGAGGUAGUGGAUCAGAUUGAGCUGCUGUGUCAGAAACGAGCGCUCGACGCCUUUGGUCUGGACCCCAGUGUGUGGGGCGUCAACGUCCAGCCAUACUCCGGCUCCCCCGCUAACUUUGCAGCCUACACAUCUGUACUUCAGCCUCAUGACCGCAUCAUGGGCCUGGAUCUGCCUGACGGAGGACACCUUACCCAUGGCUACAUGACAGAUGCCAAGAGGAUCUCGGCCACCUCCAUCUACUUUGAGUCGAUGCCUUACAAGCUGGAUCCCAAAACAGGUCUCAUAGAUUAUGAGCGGCUGGAGACGACGGCCCGGCUCUUCAGGCCCAGACUUAUCAUCGCAGGAACCAGCGCCUACGCUCGCCUCAUCGACUACGCUCGCAUGAAGAAGCUGUGUGUGGAGCUGAAAGCCUACCUGCUGGCAGAUAUGGCUCAUAUCAGCGGCCUGGUGGCAGCAGGGGCUGUUCCAUCCCCUUUCCACCAUGCUGACCUGGUCACAUCCACUACCCAUAAGUCCCUGCGCGGAGCGAGGGCCGGUCUGAUCUUCUACCGCAAAGGCGUGCGCUCUGUGGAUAACAAAGGUCGGGAGGUGACCUACGACCUCCAGGACAGGGUGAACUUUGCCGUGUUCCCUUCGCUUCAGGGAGGGCCUCACAACCACGCCAUUGCCGGGGUGGCCGUCGCCCUAAAACAGGCGUCCACUCCCAUGUUCAAACAGUACAUCAGUCAAGUGCUGCUGAACGCCAAGGCCAUGGCUGACGCUCUGCUGAAGAGAGGCUACACCCUGGUGUCAGGUGGAACCGACAACCAUCUGGUCUUAGUUGACCUACGACCUUGCGGGAUGGACGGGGCUCGGGCCGAGAGGGUCCUGGAGCUGGCGUCCAUCACCGCCAACAAGAACACCUGCCCAGGAGACAAGAGCGCCCUCACUCCAGGAGGACUCAGGCUCGGAACUCCAGCUCUGACGUCCCGACAGUUCAACGAGACAGACUUCAAGAAGGUUGUGGAAUUUAUUGAUGAAGGGAUUCAGAUCGCACUGGAUGUGAAGAAGAAGACUGGAAACCUGGCCAGCUUCAGGUCCUUCCUGCUGCAGGACCCAAAGACAGUGUCACGCAUCUCAGAGCUCCGCCAGCGGGUGGAGCUAUUCUCAAGACCCUUCCCCAUGCCAGGAUUCACUGACCACUGACAACACCCCCUCACGACCCCAUGGACAUACUGGAUCCUUCAGACCUGCUCUAAUGUCAUGUGUCAGUAUUAAGACUGGUCAUAAUGUUAUUUUAUCUUACAUAAAAGGAAGAUUCCAGUAUUACACAUUUAUUAUUUUUAAUGGUUGUAAUAAUAAUAAUAAUGAUGGUUAUUAAUAAUUAAAUAACUUAGUAAAGGCUGUAUUAUAUUGUUGUAUUACAUAUAUAAGAAUUUAUAUGUCCAACCAUAACUCAUUCUUUGGGCACCUAUAAACAGAGGCUUUUUUAAAAUGCUAGUGAUUAUUUAGUAAAACACUUAAACAUGUCCCAACAUAGCUAAAUUAUAACACGUUAUAAUUCAAUUAUCAAAUACUCAUAUAGUGCUGAUUAAUGCUAAAUAAGGAAACUCAUGGUAAAGUGUUACCUCUGUGUUUUAUGCUCCUUAUGAAGCGAUACCAUAAUAAUGAAAGGAUGUUACAGCAGGUUAUCACACUGCCAGGUUUAGUUGUAUUAGCAUCUCAUUCAGCAGAAAUAUAUAAUAAUUAGACUUUGACUACUUAUUACAGUGCUGGGCAAAAAAGAUGGACUACUUUGAAAAGUAAUGUUUGAAACUACUAAGUGUGGGAAACUGUUUGUUUGAUGACAAGAUUGAUAAUGCUACUCAUUUACAUGAAGUUGGAAUUCAUUUGAUAAAAUACUGUACUCUGCUGUACAUUAUCUGGCAGUUGAUAUAUGGACAUGUUUCCUCUUGAGAGACAGGACAGCUAAUAGACGACUGUAAUUCUACUUAUGUAUUUGGCUUUUUGUCACCAAACUCUUUUAAGGGCCCUUGUCGACGUCAGGCUUUGUCCCGGAGCCUGGGAAACUCACAGCAGCUGCGUUGGGAAUUGAAACACACUCACAGUUUACACCGGUUUGCACCCACAACAUCACAAACCAGAUAUCCAAACAGUUAUACAAACUCCAAUUCUUUUGGUAAAACGUACUAAUGUCACAUACUUUACCUACACUUUGAUUUGUAAUUGUUAAGGAUUUGCAAAAUUGAAAUAAAAAGUCUGAAUAGAA